AUGGACGAAAAAGCUGAAGGAGCUGAUGUGCCUCAAGAGCAGAAAGCAGGAUGGGCUAGUUUCAUCAAAAGCUUGGCUCAAAUGACUGGCGAUCUAAGCUCAAUGACUGCGCCACCAUUCAUCUUAUCUCCUACUUCUCUCACUGAAUUCCCCGCGUACUGGUGUGAACACCCCGCACAUUUCGCUCAAAUUUCGGAAGGUAAAGAUGAGAAGGAGAGAAUGGAGAGGGUUCUAAGAUGGUUCAUCAGUACUCUCAGUGCUCAAUACACCACACGUAAUGAGAAGAUGGGAUCAGAGAAGAAACCACUCAAUCCUGUCUUAGGAGAAUUGUUCUACGGAGUUUGGCCCGACGUCGAUGGUCGAGGAGAAACCCGUCUGAUCGUAGAGCAAGUCUCACAUCAUCCUCCUAUCACCGCUUAUUAUAUCGAGAAUAAGAAAGCAGGUGUACGGCUUCAAGGUCAUUCUGGACAGAAAACUUCUUUCACUGGUACUGCUAUUAAUGUCAAGCAAUCCGGUCACGCUAUUCUCACUGUACAGCCCAGAAAUGGAGGAAAGGAGGAGAAAUACUUGAUUACUCUUCCCAAACUUCGAAUCGAGGGUAUCGUUUGGGGAUCACCAUACAUUGAAUUAACAGACACCAAUGCUAUUCAAAGUAGCACAGGUCUUACUGCUCAAAUCGAUUACAAGGGUAAAGGCUACUUCACUGGAAAAUCUCAUUCUUUCAAAGCAACCAUCGCCACCUCUGCAGGCAAAUCUGUCUCAUCAUAUGAAGGACAAUGGGUCGGUAAAUCCCAUAUCGGAGGAUCGAAAGGUCCUAUAUUCCUCGACACAACCGGACCCAAAGAGGAAGUCUCGGUUAGAGACGUUACUGAGCAAACCGAUUGGGAAAGCAGAAAAUUAUGGGUUAAUGUUGCUAAAGGUAUCAGAACGGGUAAUUAUGACGCCGCCGGCAAAGAGAAGACCAACAUCGAGAACGAACAACGACAACGGCGUAAAGAUGAGGCUAGUUCCAGCAGAUCAUGGGAACAUCUUCAUUUCACACAUGUUGAAUCUGACUCCGACUAUCAAGUUCUGUCAGCUUUACUACACGAUAAGCUCACUCCUCCUCACGAAGAUGCUUAUGUCUUUAAACCUGAGACUAUGAAUGUCGUCGGUAGACCCAAUUAG